AAAUAAAUAAGUAGAAUUAAAGACGUAUUAUGAAUUGAUAUAAUUUUAUGAGUAGCCUAAUCCUUUGACACUACAAUUUAAACGCAAAUUUAUGAACACCCUUAGCAAUUAUAAACAAACAAAUAAAGAAACUAGCCAUAAAUACUUUCAAAUAUUUAGACACUGCUUUCUGCAAGCUUUAGGUCAAAUAAUGACUGGACUGCAUUUUUGAAAAGCAGUUUACCUCUCCCUAGGCAACGGCUUCAGCGGAUAGCCAAAGUGCCCUUUCCAAACCACGGCAUCCUCAAAAAGACACACGCACCGAUCGUAGCCCGGUUGGUGGCAGGUCAGAGUACGAGAGCCAAGAGGGCGACUCUUACGUUACGCCCGCUUGUCGACGUAGUCUUUGGGAUUCACAAGCGGGAAUCGACAACCUGCCAUUAGGAAAGCGGCAAGUUAUGGACAAGUUUUUCACCCCAGUUCAUAGCCCCCGUCAUGAAGAAACCAAGGCCAGAGAACCUUACCACUCCCACCGCCAUCACCACCACCAGGACAACGAAGGUCAUGGUUAUAGUACUCCAGGGAGCAGCAAUGGGAGCGUGAGUCGGGGCCAUGUUCACCACCGGCCUGGUGGGCACCGCACCCCAGAACACCUGGACCACCCUCCCCAUCGCACGCACCGCCACGGCUCCCCGCACCACAGCCGCUGCUCGGAUGCGUCUCCGCGCAGCCACUCGCACAACCUCGACCCGGUCGCCUCCUCCCCCAGAUCCUGCUCCCACACCUCCACAUCCUCCUCCUGGUCUUCCGAGGCCAGCAUUGACAAAGAGGCGUUCCUCACGGACAGCAGGCCAGGGCCCCGGUAUUCCCAGUCAUGCGGCAGCAUUCCUGCCGAGGGGCCGGGAUUCUGGGAUGAGGAAGAGGGAGCCCAUCUGGAGGGGCUUGAGGGGACGCACCCAAAGCAUCACCACUGCCGAGAUGACUGCGCGCACAAGCUCCACCGUGGCCAAAGCAAGAGUGAGGAGGAGCUUCCGCGUACAAACAGCACCGAGGAUGUUAGGCCCGUGCACCUGGACCAUAGCCCUCUCUACAAGUCAGCUAGCCUUGGACGAAGCCUGGCUUUCAAUGACUAUACAGAUGUCCUUCUGGAUUCAGAGAAGCCCAAAAAGGCCCCAUCCUCCAUCCAGCUCCCAAGCAAGGGUAUCCUGAAGAACAAACAGGGGCAGGGUGGAGCAGCCAGUGGGGUUAGUCAUUUUCGUAAGGCUAAGUCCUUGGAGGUGCUGUCUACCCACGUAGAGAUGACUGCAGGGGGACUGAAAGGGGGAGGGGGCGGAGUGGGAAAGUCUAAGCUGGAGGACGCUGGUGUGGAAAAACGGAAAGAGGUGGUCAGGCAGAAUUUUGUGCGGGAGAAGCUCCAGUUCUCCGCCUUCCUAAAUGAGAUCACCCGGCAGGUCAUCAGCCCCUCGCGACUCAGCUCUCUGGGAGUCCCGCAUGCCUUCGGGCUGCCAGGCCCUGGCCAGGCCUCACGAAAACCGCCCAGGAAAGAGCAAAGAGCAGAAGGGGAGAGGCAGGUGGGAGGGCAAGUGCACAGCCAGCAGAAAGAUCGCUCCGACACCCCUGACUCUGCAGUUUCCAGUGGCCACUCCCGCUCCAGCAAGUACUCCCACUCUAGCAAGCGUCAUCACAGCCACCAGCAGUCCGUAGAUGGCAGUUCUUCGCAGCAGCACCACACACCAGCGGGCCAAACCAAUCCCGGCACCAACAGCCCGGAACGCUGUCUCCCGCCAGGGCAUGGGCAGGACCACAGCGGGGAGAAACAGCACCAGGGAGGAUACAGCCUUCUCCUGACUGACGGCACCAACACCAGCCCGGAGCUGAGCCCACAUGCAGCAAGACGCCACCAUUCCCACGCGCAUCCCCAGCCUGACCCCCUCCCUCACCACCAGAAACACCACCAGCCUCAUCUCGAGAAAUGCCAACGCCACCAUGCUCGCCGCAGCCCAUCUCCGCAUUCUCCCUGUCCUCCCAAAACAAUCCAGACCGGCCACAGGGAGACCCACUCCGGGGUUCCUGAACAAGAAUCAGAUUCGUCCCAAAAUAAGGAUUCUGCCUCGACCACCAGCACCAGUCUGGAACACAGCGAUAAGAACAAACAGAUAUGCUACAAGGCUGCAGCGGCGCAAGACAAGGAUACUGUGACUGAUGUUGACCGAGCCCAGUAA